UUAAGAAAUUAUUUAAAUUUCAAAGAUGCAUAACAAUGCAGCUAAAAAUGAUUUGCAAGAUCCUGCAGUAGGACAAGCUUCAGGGGCAGGUGCUGGGCCAUUGGACUGGGCUUCUAAAUAUGUUGGAGAGCAGUCAAAUCUCCCGAUAAUUCUAUCCAUAUUAUAUAGAAUCGCGAUCAUAAUUUUUGGAAUCAUUACCCUUAUCAUGGCAAUUAUGGCUUAUGUUCAGCUUAAUGCUUAUAGUAAUGCUCUUGAAGAUUUUGAGGAAAAUUGGACAACUCUACCUCUUGUCGACAUCACUGUUUCGACCACUGAAUGCCCUCUUGGAUAUGACAAUUUGAUUGAAAGAGAGUGGCCAGGAACCGUUCAUGGAUGUGACUGAAAAAGAGCGGUUUGGGGAUUCAGCAUAUACCCAGACUUAGAUACAGGAAGCUGCUCCUACAACCAAACACUACAAGGAUGAGUAGAUGUGUAUCCUGUUGAUAGUGCUCCUCUUGAUAAAUUCUAUUCAGCCAAAAUCUGUGGCUUAAGAGAAGGACAAAACUUUGUAGACACUGAAAGACCCAGAAAAAUCGCUGGAGGAAUCAAAUGUCCAUUUGGCCAUAAACCAUGUGGGACUGGAGACAUCAACCAAAUCAUCUGUGUUAGAGAACAAGAAAGAUGUCCUAUUAAUGAUGUCCAAAUUCUUAUGAAUGGACAAGCUCCCAAACCUGGAUAUGAAGUUGUCCCAAUAGACUCUUCAUCUGGAGUGAUGCUCGCAUUCACAACGAAUUACACAGGACUGCCAGUGAUUAGAUUCAAACUAACAGAAGGACAGGUUUGUGCGAAUCCAGACACUGACAUGAUCACAGAGGGAAGAAUCCCUUAUAAGCUUCUUAACACAAAUAAUUAUCACUCAUGUAACCAGAAGGUGUCAGACAGCUACUAUGACACCAGAUAUGAUCUGAUUGGCUCAAUCAACGAAGAAAGAUUACUUAAAGACAAUGGACUGUAUCUUAUGUUGUCAAAUUUACCUCAAUACCCAAUUGAGGAUUCAUCCAAAUACACAUGGAAUCUUUACUCGAAUGAGUACAACUACUGGAAUGUUGAUUGAGAAAAUCAUAAAGAUAUUGACAGAGAAUCAAUGCUUUCUCUACUUGAUGAUUCAUCAAAUGUCACUAAGCUUCAGUUUACCCUCUUAAUAGUCAGCAUUAUCUAUACGAUUGUCUGCUGACUUAUAUUAGAAACAAUCUCUCUUUACAUGAUAUGAGAUAAAGGAUCUGAGAGCAAAUCAUUCCAAGUUAUUUCCUUCAGCAUUGUUACAAUCUUACUCAUGGUCAAGACUUAUCUCUUCUGGUCCUGUGUGUCAACAGCUAAUGAGUUUGAAGAGUCUAUUCUUCAAAUGCGGGAGUCUGAUUGUUCCAGCGAUUAUGCAAAUUUAAUGUUCAAGAAUUACGGAGACUCUUUAAUAGAUGGCAGAAGUUCUAACUACACAGGAAUGAUAUUGUCAAUGAUAUCAUUGGUACUGACUAUUAUCUUUUUCUUUAUCGAAAUGGGAAAGAGAAGUAUGUAUGAUGUCUCCCAUUAAGUUGUUACACUUUAAAAUUCAAUCCUGG